AUGAGACAGCGUGCGGAGGAGCAUGUUCUCAAUUUCAAGGGAUCGAUCAGGUGUCAGCAAGUGCUCAACCGCAACAAGAUGCGCGACCAUUUGACACUAAUGGCCGACUACUUUGCCCCUGAUGCACUCUCCAUUGACCAUUUUCGCCAGUGUUUUCGGAUGCACGAGACUGGCUUUGAUCAUUUGUACCAUGGCGCCCGGUCCUAUGAUGACUACUUCAUCUUGAAGAAGGACUUCAUGGGAACGAUUGGGUUCUCUGCUUACCAAAAGUGCACGGCCGCACGUCGGAUGCUUGCAUAUGCCACGGCCGCUGAUUCGUGGGACGAGUACCUACGGAUGUCUGAGAGCACAUGCGAAGAUUCCAUGUUCAGGUUUGCAACUGUCGUGGUUGAGGUGUUUGGACCUUAG